AUGUUUUUACAAAUAGCUUUUAUAUUUAUAUCGUUGGGAUCUGCUUUUUCUAUCGAGGUGAAAAUAGAUGAUGGUAUAUUGAAGGGCGAAAUAUCAGAAAAUAAAUAUGGAGACCCAUUUCAUAGCUUUAAAGGUAUCCCCUACGCUCAGCCUCCGCUGGGUGAUCUACGAUUUAAGGCACCACAACCAAUAGAACCUUGGAAUGGAGUAAGGCAAGCUGAUCGGCUCGGUUCUCCGUGCUAUCAAUAUGAUAUGUUCAUUGUACCAUAUCCUCCGCCUAAAGGAGGUGAAGAUUGCCUUUAUAUCAAUGUUUAUUCCCCGAACGUUACCACAAACGAACUAUAUCCUGUUAUGGUAUGGAUUCACGGCGGCGGUUUCGUGAGUGGUAGAGGUGAUGAAUAUGACCCAGAAUUUCUAGUCAGAAAGGGCGUCGUUUUCGUUACAUUUAAUUACAGGCUUGAGGUUAUGGGAUUUUUAAGUCUCGGAACCGAAGAUAUUCCAGGAAAUGCUGGAAUGAAAGACCAAGUCGCAGCACUGAGGUGGGUAAAGAACAAUAUUAAGCAUUUUGGUGGUGACCCUGAAAACAUUACUAUCUUCGGAGAAAGUGCUGGAGGAGCAAGUGUGUCAUAUCAUUUAAUUUCACCCAUGACAAAGGGACUCUUCAAGAGGGCGAUAUCCCAAAGUGGUACUGCCAAUAGCUGGUGGCCUAAUACUUUCAGAGCGAGAGACAGAGCCAUACAAUUGGCUCGAGAAAUAGGGUGCAAUUCCACUGAUGACAAAGAAAUAUAUAAUUUUUUUAAGGUCCAACCGGUCGAAGCGUUCUUAAAAAGUAGGGUAGUUGUCACCUAUGCCCAAUUUGCUAAAGAAUCACCAAAUGUUUACUUUGGAAUCGUAUCGGAGGAAAAGUUCGGAGACAAUGAAGUAUUCUUCCAAGGUGACGUUUAUGAUGUAUUAAGAAAUGGAAUUCAUGACGGCGUGGAUGUCAUAAAUGGAUACACGGAGGAUGAAGGUACGCUUUAUUUUGCUAGUGGAUAUAAUAUUUCCAGAAUAUUUAAACAAGCUAAUCAGUUCUUAGAAUUUUACGUACCCGAACCUCUAACGCGACAAGUUUCUUUAUUAAAACAGUUGGACAUUGGUAAACAGAUGAAAGAGUAUUAUUUAAAAAAUGCUGUAGUAAGUCGAGAUAACAUUGAAGAUUUACUGAAAUACAUUAAUUUUGAAAUGUUUGUCUACGGCGCUCUAACGUGGCAAAGAUUUGUUGCGAAAAAUAAUAAUAAUAAUAAAAUAUACUUAUACAAAUUUGGUUGCAAAACGGAGAGAAAUAUAGCUGUCAAUGCUUCUAACGACGCUAUGGAAUUAUUUACGGAGAGGCUAAUGGUCGGACACGCUGACGACCUUCCCUACUUCUUUCCACUAGGAAUGGACGUCGAUAUGAACUCGGAAACAUACCGAAUAAUUGAUAGAGCAACUACGCUUUGGACAAACUUUGCAAAAUAUGGCGAUCCGACACCGAUAAUGGAAAUGGCUGCCGUACCUUGA